AUGUCCGAACCACUAGAAUGCACCUCCAUUUCUCCCGAAUGCCCCAUCGAAGCAACCGUCUACGGCUACACCCCCUCCCUAGGUCUCAACGCCUUUUUCCUCGCCUUCUUCGCGCUCGCUGGCAUUUUCCACCUCGCCGUCGGCAUCCGCUACAAAACCCAUUUCUUCGGCAUCGUUAUCACUCUCGGCUGCAUAGGCGAAGUAAUCGGAUACCUCGGACGCAUUCUCCUGCACAAUAAUCCCUGGUCAGGCAUUGGCUUCGAAAUCCAAAUCGCAUGUCUUAUUUUCUCGCCUAGCUUUAUGGUAGCAUCCAUUUAUGUGACGCUACAACAUGUGGUUCAGAUUUUUGGGGCGCAAAAAUCGAGGAUUCCCGCGAGGUUUUAUACGCGUGUUUUUAUUGCGUUUGAUGUGUUAUCGCUGUUGUUGCAGGCGGUAGGAGGGGGAUUGGCGGCUAGUGCUGGAGAAGAUCGGAAAAUGAUGGAUCUGGGGACGAAUCUGAUGAUUGCGGGGAUUGUAUGGCAGGUUUUUACCCUGCUGGUUUUUGCGGCGUUGGUAGUGGAUUAUGGGGUAAGGAUGAGGAAGUCGUGGGAUGGGGUUCCAGAUGAUGCUCGGAUUAUGGCUGCACAGAGACCGUUCAAACUUUUUUGCAUAGGGGUGACGGUGGCGUUUGCUACUAUCUUUACGAGGUGUGUGUAUAGGAUUGCGGAGAUGGUGGGGGGAUGGGCUAAUCCGAUUAUGCGGGAUGAGGCGGGGUUUGUGGUUAUGGAGGGAUUGUGA